AUGGCUGAGUUGAAUAACCUCAAGGGACCAAAUUUGUAUCCAAGACGUAAGCCCGUCAACCCCAGCCAAUGGGGAGUGGCAGCUCCAUGCAGCAGCGAGCAAUUCAAAUCGGACGAUAACAAGCACAAGCCGUUAGCAAAACAAUGGCAUCACUAUUUAAGCAUUGAAUCUGCAAAUCGUAUGCCGUCAUCAUUGAAACAUGUUGUCACACAUCUCCAGGACCCACACGUCAUCUCGUUAGGCGGAGGCAUUCCUUCUGCGGAUUUCAUCCCGUUUGAGGAGAUUACUUUUAGACCGCUCUCUCCCAUAAGUUCAGGCUCUCAAGAUAGAAAAGCUCUUUCGACAGUAAAGACCACGCUUUAUGCCACCAAGCAUGACAUUACCGAAGGCGCCAGCAUAUAUGAUCUUACGACGGCAUUGAAUUAUGGCCAAGGCUGCGGCUCCGCUCAGUUUCUACGCUGGGUCACUGAACAUACAGAAAUGGUACACAAUCCACCGUACGCUGAUUGGCGGUGCUCAAUGACAAUCGGAAAUACAUCGGCACUCGACAUGUGUUUGCACAUGCUAGCUCAGCAGGGUGAUUGCGUUUUAACAGAAAAGUACACCUUCUCUACUGCCAUCGAGAUGGCCCAGCCUUUGGGGCUAAAUUUUAUUGGUCUUGAGAUGGACCAUGAGGGUAUCUUGCCGGAGAGCCUCAGCGAAGUACUCAGUAACUGGAAUCCUGAACUGCAUGGCAAUGCGCGCAAGCCAUUUUUGCUCUAUACAAUCCCGACAGGCCAAAACCCGACUGGAACUACUCAAAGUUUUCAGCGACGUCAAGCUGUUUAUCAAGUCGCCCGGGAACACGAUUUGCUGAUUUUAGAGGACGAUCCAUACUACUUUCUCCAGAUGAACGAAUACGCCUCUUCCAAUGAGGGCCAUAGUGGAACUGGCAUUCGAUCAUUGGAAGAUUUAUUCAUGAAUCUCAUCCCAUCGUAUCUGAGAAUCGAUACUGAUGGACGGGUUAUCCGCAUGGACUCCUUUAGUAAGGUGAUUAGCCCUGGAGCCCGCCUGGGCUGGAUAACCGCAUGCCAGCAGAUCAUCGAACGAUUUCAGUUCCAUACAGAUGUUUCAACCCAAAGCCCUUCAGGCUUAAGCCAGUUGGCAUUUUUUAAACUUUUGGAUGAUUAUUGGGGGCAUGCUGGUUAUGUUAAAUGGCUGAUCCAUCUACGUAACGAAUACACUAAAAGAAGGAAUGUUCUAAUCAGCGCUUGUGAGAAACACUUACCAAAAGAUGUCAUUAGCUGGGAGCCUACUCACGCUGGGAUGUUUCAGUGGUUUGAGAUAGACUGGCAAAAACACCCCAAUGCUUCACAUAAAUCCCUUCAUCUUUUGGAAGAAGAAAUCUGGGAGGAAAGUAUCUUCGCAGGAACGCUUCUCUGUAAGGGUAGCUGGUUUUGUGCAUCAGCUAGGAAAGGGACAGAUAGAAUUUUCUAUAGGGCAACCUUUGCAGCUGCUCCUUUACAUAAGAUCGAAGAAGCUAUUGGCCGGCUUGGAAAGGCGUUGAGAAAGGCUUUCAGACUUGAGGAAGAUAUUACGUUUUAA